GUGUGCGCGGUGCCUUCCCACACUCAAGGCAGCUCUUAUUUAAUGGGGGUCUCCAUGCAGGGCAGAAGCCAGAAGAGAUUUUGCUGUUCCCCGCUCCCAUUCAGGGAACAGCAGCUUCCACGUCAGGCACCGGCAUGGACCAUGUGACGGAGAUAGCCCUGGAGGAAGAGGCUGCUCUGACCAACCAAGCCUCCAGGAUGCACCUCAAGGAGGAUCUGAGGAAAAUACGAUGUGGCAUGCUUCUGUGCCUGCUCUCUGUGCUGGUCCUCGCGCUGCCCACAGCCUAUCUGCUGGCUGGAAGCCUCCGAAUCCCCAGCACAUGCUCCAACCAGGUUGCAGAAGAGAGGGACGCUCGGUUUCUGAAGCAGCGGGCACUGGCUACUGGUAUAGGUAUGCUUUCCAGUGCAGAAAAGCCAAGAGCACACCUCACAGUGAAGAAACAAGACCUCACCAGCGUCGUGGGAAAUCAGCUGCCAAUUCUCCAGUGGGAAGACAAGCGUGGCUUGGCCUUUACCAAGAACAACCUGAGUUAUUUCAGCAACGCACUGGUGAUACCCCUGUCCGGGGACUACUAUGUCUAUGCUCAGGUUACUUUCCGAGGGCCCAUUGAAAGUUCUAGUAAAACAAAUUCUGUUACUGAGAUCAUCACCAAAGUCACUGAUAGUUACCCUGAGCCCACGCAGCUGCUGACUGGCACCAAGACCCUCAGUGAAAAAGGAAACAGCUGGUUCCAGCCUAUUUAUCUCGGCGCCGUUGUUUCCUUAGAAGCAGGGGACAAGCUAAUGGUCAACGUCAGUGACAUCAAGCUGGUUGACUAUACUAAGGAGCAUAAAACUUUCUUUGGUGCUUUUUUACUGUAGGGCUCAGGCAGCAGCUGGCCAGGGCUCUCCUCCUAGGUCUCAACUCUGUCAGCAUGCCUCAGGGUGCUGCUCUGCACUGUCUCUUGCCUGCAGCCCAGCACCCUCUGCAUCCUUAAAUUAAGGGGUAGGGAAAGCUGAAGCUGCAGGCUGAAUUGAAGCAACCCAA